CAAGGGCUGGAAGCUGGAGAGGGCUGGAGCUGGAAGGCUCUCCGGCAGCGAGAGGUCCUGCCCAGCUGUUGGCGAGGAGUUUCCUGUUUCCCUCCCGGCGCCCGGGUAGAGUUGAUGAGUGAGUCACUCGCGCGCACCGACCGACGACACCCCCCGCGCGCGCACACGCUCGCUUGGGGGACGGAGCCCCAGCCUUCUGCGCAGCUCUCCUCGGCCGGCCGCCGGGGGCCUCCUCCCGGCCUCCAAGCUCCCCCGAUCGCCGGCCACAUCUGGCCCGCACCUCUGCCCGGCGCGCCCAGGACGGCCCAGGCAUACUGAGGGGACGAGUAGUCAAGGCGCAGCCCGGGGUCCCCGAGGCUCGGUUCGCGGCGCCUCACGGGCCGGUCUAUGACGAGCGACGGGGGCCACCAUGGGUCGGGGGCUGCUCCGGGGCCUGUGGCCGUUGCACAUCGUCCUGUGGACGCGCAUCGCCAGCACCAUCCCACCGCUUCCCAAGUCGGAUGUGGAAAUGGAGGCCCAGAAAGAUGCGCCCAUCCACCUAAGCUGUAAUAGGACCAUCCAUCCACUGAAACGCUUUAACAGUGACAUGAUGACCAGCGACAACGGCGGAGCGGUCAAGCUUUCACAGCUGUGCAAGUUUUGCGACGUGAGAUUGUCCACUUGUGACAACCAGAAGUCCUGCAUGAGCAACUGCAGCAUCACGGCCAUCUGCGAGAAGCCACAUGAAGUCUGCGUGGCUGUGUGGAGGAAGAAUGAUGAGAACAUUACACUGGAGACGGUGUGCCAUGACCCCAAGCUCACCUACCACGGGUUUGCUGUGGACGAUGCCACGUCACCCAAGUGCAUAAUGAAGGAGAAGAAGAGGGCCGGCGAGACUUUCUUCAUGUGCGCCUGCAACGUGGAGGAGUGCAAUGACCACAUCAUCUUUUCAGAAGAAUACACAGCCAGCAAUCCUGACCUGUUCCUGGUCAUUAUCCAAGUGACUGGAGUCAGCCUCCUGCCUCCACUGGGGAUUGCCAUAGCCGUGAUCAUCAUCUUCUACUGCUAUCGUGUCCACCGGCAGCAGAGGCUGAGCCCGUCCUGGGAAAGCAGCAAGCCCCGAAAGCUCAUGGAGUUCAGCGAUAACUGUGCCAUCAUCCUGGAGGACGACCGUUCGGACAUCAGCUCUACGUGUGCCAACAACAUCAACCACAACACAGAACUGCUACCCAUUGAGCUGGACACGCUGGUGGGGAAGGGCCGCUUCGCCGAGGUCUACAAGGCCAAGCUGAAGCAGAACACCUCGGAGCAGUUUGAGACUGUGGCUGUCAAGAUCUUUCCCUAUGAGGAGUACACAUCAUGGAAAACGGAGAAGGACAUCUUCUCAGACAUCAACCUGAAACACGAGAACAUCCUGCAGUUCCUGACUGCUGAGGAGCGGAAGACAGAGCUGGGAAAGCAGUACUGGCUGAUCACAGCCUUCCACGCCAAGGGCAACCUGCAGGAAUACCUCACCAGGCAUGUCAUCAGCUGGGAGGACCUGCGGAAGCUGGGCAGCUCCCUGGCCAGGGGCAUCGCUCAUCUCCACAGUGACCACACUCCAUGUGGGAGGCCGAAGAUGCCCAUCGUCCACAGGGACCUCAAGAGCUCGAACAUCCUCGUGAAGAGUGAUUUGACCUGUUGCCUGUGUGACUUCGGGCUGUCCCUGCGUCUGGACCCUACUCUGUCUGUGGAUGACUUGGCCAACAGUGGGCAGGUGGGAACUGCAAGAUACAUGGCCCCCGAAGUUCUAGAAUCCAGGAUGAAUUUGGAAAACGUGGAGUCCUUCAAGCAGACAGAUGUCUACUCCAUGGCUCUGGUACUCUGGGAAAUGACAUCCCGUUGCAAUGCGGGCAUCCAGAUCGUGUGUGAGACGCUGACAGAGUGCUGGGACCAUGACCCUGAGGCCCGCCUCACAGCCCAGUGUGUGGCAGAGCGCUUCAGUGAGCUGGAGCAUCCAGAUAGACUCUCUGGGAGGAGCUGCUCCCAGGAGAAGAUUCCAGAAGAUGGUUCACUGAACACUACCAAAUAGCUUUUUCUGGGCAGGCUGGACCAAGCCUUCAGAAGCCGCCCUUUCACCAAAGACCAGAGGCAGCUGGAUGCUGUCCUCACGGAUGCUUCUGGGAAACCAAGGACUUGCUCCCUUCUUACCUGAGAGCUGCUCCAUAUUCAGAAACAGCAGCAGCAGCAGGAGCAGUAGGGGCUAAGUGACAGAGAGCAUUCUGUGCCUUGGACGUUGUCAUGGCAUAAGCUGUAUUAGCACCUCCUCAGGAAAUGAGAUUGAUUUUUACAACAGCCAAUAACAUUUGCACUUUAUUAAUGCCUGUAUGUAAAUAUGGAUAGCUAUGUUUUAUAUCUAUAUAUCUAUAUAUGUCUAUAUCUCUCUAUCUAUAGCCAUACUCUGCAAGGAGACAAAGAAAAAGAUCAAAUGCUCCCAGGAGAUUAGCUUUUAUUGGAGAGUUCCAAACUGGAGCAGAAGGGACUCGCGACAACAUUAGCACUUGACAAUCACACACGUGAUGGUCCCCUGAAUGUGGGAUUGGGGGGAUGGUUGCAUGAAAAGGAUCCAUGCCUCACAGCCUGCUUUGGCCACAAAACACUUUUGUUUUGCAAUAAUUGCCCUCUAUAUGCGGGUGCUUUCCAGGCCAGGGAGCUAAGUUCCAGCCCACCGCUAUGUCCCAGGGUCUUCCAUGUGCCUUGCUUUUCUUCAUUUUAUCAUCGACAUUCAAGUUCUACAUCUGACUUGUGAACCUGUGGACUUAGCCUAGAACCCUGGCUCCAUCCUUCCGCUUUCAUGGACUAUGGAAAUCAAAGAGGACAUUUUCCCCACCCAUGAAAGUGUCAACCAUCUGAUAAGAUUGUGCUGUUUGAUUUUUCUUCUGUGCCGAAGUUACUAUUACUCAUCUCCAGCUGUUCCCAGUUGUUUUUUGGUUUAGUGUGGCACACGCCACACCCCGCCCCUGCAGCACUGUGUUUCAUUUUUGUCACUCUCCUGCAGUAGUCGCCAGCUUGCCAUGGCAACACCGAUGGCUUCCAUCUUCCCAGGCGCCCGAAUAGCAGACAGGAUUUAAAUGACACACACACACACUGCCCAUCCUGUACAACUUGUCUGGGGAUACUUUGAGCCCGUGUUUUGCUUAGUCAGCACAAUGUCUGUAAAAAUUUAAGUAUUGGAGGUGUCGCAGAAAAAUCUCCAUUCUAGGUAAGGAGUGAGUGUGUUCCCAGCGUCCCCUCUAGAGGGCACCGCUGACAGUAAGAGGGUGUGACUCUGACACCUCUGCUUCUUUUCUCACCCUUAAACAGUCUUCACAUUACCCACCCCCACGCCAGUCUGGAAAUGAAAGCUGCUGCCAGUCAAGACCCGUUGUAAGAAAUGAGCAUCUGGGAGUCUGGAGAGAUAGCUCAGCAAAUAAAAACCAGUGCCUCCCAAGCAAAAGGACCUGAGUUCAAUCCCCCAGAACCCAUGAUAAAAAGCCAUGGUCCUCGGAACACACUUGUAAUCUCAGCACUGGGGAGGUGAACACCCAUGGGAGCUUAUUGGUCAGCUAAGAAGACUCUCGGCAAGGUGAACAGUAUCCUGGCGGAUGACCCUGUCUUUGACCCCUGACCUCCAGACACGCCUGCACCACACGUACACCCUCACACACAUGCACACACUAGAAACGGGCAUUCAAGCCGCCGCGUGUUGGUGCCAUGCUGGACUGCAUGUACCUUGUCUGAUGUUAGGGAUUGAAGCUGACUAGGAAUUGGACCUCGGGACCUCCUGUGCUUGAUCCUCCUUAGGUCAAGUUCUUGGUCUCGGCAUGGUCCUAACCCUUGCAGAAAUGGCUUUGAAUAGGGGACACACAACACUUCCAUGUGGAGUUCGGAAAUCUGUGUCCACUUGGAUGAGCGCAAAGAAUGGGCUUUAAUUAGGGAUCUUGCUAAUCCACCUCCAAAUGUGGAUGGGGCUAGCAACAGUAUUUUUUUUUUAAAUGUGUUUUUGAAGCUUCUUUUCAACCAAAUAGGAACAUGAUUGAAGGGCCACCAAAGCUCAUUUUAUUCUGUCUGGACCAUGGGAGGCCUCAGAUCACAGGGGGGUUUAGGAUACAUGGUCAAGAUGGGGAUGGGACAGAAAUCUGUGUACUCUGCCCUGUGGAAGUGUGUUGAGCAACACCUUGGAAAUCCCCCAAAUCCACUUGCACCUUAGGGCAUGCCGACGCCCUCCCAAUAGCUGUUCUUCACCGCCCUCUAGCGGUGAGUUUAUAGAAUACUGGUCCACUAGUGGGAUUUCUAGGGUUCGAAAGUGAUUUUGCUUCCGGGUUAUCAUCAGAAACUGGAACACAGUGUCAUGUUACUGUGGUUUGUUUUGUUUAUGUCAUUUUUUUUCUUAUUCAAGAAAAAGACCAAGGAAUAGCAUUGUAGUCAUUCCUCGUCAUGUUGACUUCUGUUCACUACUCCGCAUAAAGGGAAGGUUUUAUUCUUUUGUUGAACACUUCAGCCAUACUCAUGUAUUAAAAUAGGAAUGUGAAUGCACCAUGUUCUUUUUAUAUCAAAAUCUAAAGCACUUAUUUUCAUUCUAUGCAGUUUUUCUUUUAUAUAAAUAAAAACAUCUAGUAGAU